AUGUACCUGGCGUGCACUUCGUACUUGAUUCCGACAAUAAGCCGGUCGCCUCAGGUGUCUCUACUGGAGGCGAUCUUCAGUUUGAUAUUUCCUUUUUUGUUUUUGGAUCUUCUCAUUUUUUUUAUUCUUUUCGAAUGCAUUUGCAACUUGCUCGCGGAGAUCACCAACUUCGCCAACCGCGACUUCUACCACGACUGGUGGAACAGCACCAACUGGGACGAAUAUUCUCGCAAGUGGAACAGGCCAGUUCACAAGUUCCUCCUGAGACACGUUUACAUGGAAACCCAGCAAAAAUACAGGUGGAGCCAACGCAGCGCCGCGCUCGCCACUUUCCUCUUUUCCGCUCUUCUCCACGAAAUGAUAAUGGCCGUGUGCCUGCGGUUCGUGCGGUUCUACCUCUUUGCGCUGAUGCUUUUUCAACUCCCUUUGGUGGCCUUGGGGCGGUACUACACGCACAACCGCUGCCUCGCAAACGCCAUCUUUUGGGCCUGCAUGCUCCUCGUGGUGGCUGGCUGGGUCCCGGCUGCUGCUGCUGCUGCUGCUGCUGCUGCUGCUGCUGCUGCUGCUGCUGCUGCUGCUGCUGCUGCUGCUGCUGCUCUGCUGCUGCUGCUGCUGCUGCUGCUGCUGCUGCUGCUGCUGCUGCUGCUGCUGCUGCUGCUGCUGCAGGCCAGUUUGCCUAGCCAGGGGCGGGCAGCUGCGGGCCUGGCAGCAGAGACAGGCGGGGGUGCAGCAAGCAGCUCCGGGGCGAGUUGCUGCGCAGAGUGCAUGCAGAAGGCGCUGCUGCAUGCAUGCGCGAGUGAGUGCAGCAGCAGCAAAAGGCAGCGCUGCAGGCCUGCGCAGGCGCUGCAAACAAUGUUGGGAAAAGAAAAGAAGUGA